UAAACAUUCCUUUUAUUACUUAAAAUAUAAUAAAAUGGACACAGUGCCUCCUAAACCGAAGAAACUUAAAAGUGCAUCUAGAGAAGAGCUAUUAAAUUUGAGUAAAGAUGAUUUGGUGGAUAAAAUAAUGCAAUUAGAAGCUCAUAAUGCACAGCUGAAGAAUAUAAUUAGUAAAAACAUUUCUGGUGGUGAAGACACCGAGAGAAAACGGAAGAAACCAUUUGAUUUUAGCAAAUGCCAAUACCGCAGAGUCCUGCUCCGUAUCCUGUACUUCGGGUGGGACUACCAAGGGCUAGCGGUGCAGGAGGAUACAACACAGACCAUAGAGUACCAUCUCUUCCACGCGCUAACUAAGUCCUGCUUGAUACAGAGCCGUGAGACUUCGCAGUACCACAGAUGUGGAAGGACAGACAAAGGUGUCAGUGCCUUUGGGCAGGUUAUAUCAAUAUCUCUGCGUAGCAACCAGGGCGAAAAUGGCGACGUCGCUAAAGAGAUGCCGUACUGCAAGCUGUUGAACCGACUGCUGCCUAAAGAUAUCAGGGCGGUCGCCUGGAUGCCCAUACCGAGUGACAAACCUAAUUAUAGCGCUAGGUUCGACUGCACCCAACGCCAAUACAAAUACUACUUUCCCCGUGGCGCCUUAAAUCUAUCCGCCAUGCGCGAUGCGUGCGCGCAGCUUCCGGGCGCGCGGGACUUCCGCCAUCUUUGCAAGAUGGACGUCGGAAAUGGCGUCACGCAGUUUGUCAGGGAGUUGAAGAACGCUGAAAUAUUACCCGUGGAUAAAGAGGGAGAUAGCCCGUACACAAUGUACUACCUACUGAUAGAAGGCAAUGCGUUCCUUUGGCACCAAAUACGAUGUAUUAUGGGAGUGUUGCUUCUUAUUGGUGACGGCAAAGAGUCGACAGAUGUCAUUAGUGAGCUGUUGGAUAUCGAGAAAAACCCUAGGAAACCACAAUACAGUAUGGCGUUGGACGUCCCUCUGAACUUAUUUCACUGCAGCUACGAUUUGGAAAAAACUCAAAAGUGGAUAUACGAUAAGGAAGAACUCAAAACGGUCAUAACUCAGUUGCAGGGUGAAUGGACUCUCCAUAAUAUCAAGUCUACCAUGAUAAGAGACGCCCUACAUCAAUUAGAAAAACAAUACGAAGACACGUGUGAGAGCGAGACGGACGAGUUAGAAAGGGACAGAGUUACUGCUCACGCGGAUUGUCUACUACAGGGUGUGAAACCUAAGGUUUAUAAACCUCUUUUGGAGAGACAGACAUGUUCAAGUCUAGAAGAAAGGAUAGAGUAUUAUAAGAAGAAAAGAAAAGUCCAAAACGAUGGCGAUGACAGCUCAGAUGUUUAAUACAAGUUAUUGUUAU